AUGGAUAACUGGAUAUCUGGUUCCUUUGGCUCUGAAGUUGGAGCUGGUUCACCAGCUGAGCAGUCAGUUUCAGCUGGUGAUGAAGGGCUGCAACGUGGAGAAUGGAAAGCCGUCCCCUUGGUCUCCAAUGCUGGGCUGCAGCCUGCUGUGAUGCCCUGGUCUUUUCCUGACUGCAACCAUCACACCUCAACUCCUCAGACUUUGGCUUACCCAGCCACCUCCACCCUCACUGCUGAUGUGUACAUGCAAACUCUGUGCCCCAGCUACACCAUGUUGACCUACACACAUGCACCACUGCUUACUAACUUUGGGACUAUACCAGUGGCUCCAGGCCCAUCAUCCCUCUCUCAGAUGGAGCUUCCAGACUCAGGGCUGGCCUAUCCCAUAUGGGCCCAGCCUCUCACCACCAUAUCUACCAUAUCCAAUCCAGGAGUUCAUUUUUCACCAGGUUCUGCAGCUCUGCCUGCUUCUCCUCUGGUCCACAUGCCCUUGUCCAUGUCUUUAACCACAAUGAUUCCUCAAAUGGAAGCCCAGGUGGUAGAUCCUCAGUCCCACCUUGUGGAGCUCCCACAACAGUUAGAAGACCAGCUUGACCCUGAACCCCAAGACCAGUCUCUGGAUGAAGAUCUGGAGGUUGAGCCAGAAUCACCAAACCUGCUAGACAAACUUCUGGAGGAUCAGAAAAGACAUGGUGAAGUUGAGGACAAAGACUCAUACACCAGCUCCAUCUUUUUGCCAAAUGUCUGA